AAAAAAAAAAAAAGGAAUGUCAUGUUACGUAUUGUAAUUUAAGGUACAAUGGCAUUAUAUUGUGCAUCAGUGAAUUAGUCUACCCAUUCUCAUAGAUAUUUCAUAUGUGUACAAUAUAUGGUCAAAAGUUUGUGGACACCUGACCAUCACAACCAUAUGUGUUUGUUGAACAUCCCAUUCCAGAUUUAGUCCCCUCUUUGCAGCUAUAAUAAUCUCCACUCUUCUGGGAAGGCUUUCCAAUAGAUUUUGGAGCGUGGCUGUGGGGAUUUGUGAUCAUUCAGCCACAAAAGUAUUAGUGAGCUCAGGAAGUGAUGUCAAUGAGGCAAUGAGGCCUGGAGUGCAUUCGGUUUUGCAGUUCAUCCCAAAGGUGUUCAGUGGGGUUGAGGUCAGGGCUCUGUGCAGGACACUUGAGUUCUUCCACUCCAAUCUUAACAAACCAUGUCUUCAUGGACCUCACUUUGUGCACAGGGGCAUCGUCAUGCUGGAACAGGUUUGGGAUAAUGUGCAGCCUCAUUUUGGGUGCAGCAACUGGAGUUUCAGCCUCAUUGCUGCAUUCAGGCUCCCUGGUUCAAUCCUGACCUCGGGUUAAUGUCUGUGUUGAGUUUCUCAUGUUCUCCCCAUGACCCGUUUCCUCCAGUUUAUUUGCUUUCCUCCCACCUUCAAAAAAGUUGCAAGUAUUUGGAUUGGUUACCUAUGUGUGUGUGUGUGUGGAUAUAUGCAUGUGUAUGGUGUCAAGUACACCAUAGUGUAAUGUGUGUUUCUGGGAAAGGCUCCAGAUCUAAUGCGACCCUGCUGAAGAAAAAGGCAUACAUAAGAUGAAAGAAUUUUAAAAUAUUUAAUAAUACAAACCAUUUUAGAAGCUUAUUUAGGAAAAAUGGUGGUUCCAUUUCCAGUUUGUAUAUGUUUGUGCUUCACUUUUAUUAAAGAUAUAUAUAUACACUACCGGCCAAAAGUUUGGAGAGACUUGACUGAAACGUUUGAAAUGUUUCACGAAGGUGUAUGAUUAAAUCGGUGUUGUAGACAAAAAUAUAAUCGUGCUGACGUAUUCAUUUCUUUCAUUAGAAAACUAACAUUUUAUUUGCAAAAAAAGAUUUUUUUUAAUAGAUGACUUGGAGCGAAAUAUUCAGAAAAACAGCCAAUAAGUGUCCAGCGUAGGUGUGAACUCGUUUAAUAAUUUUUAAAAAGCAUCUCAGGGAGAUUCCUCAAGAAAUCAGUCAAGAAAAUGCCAAGAAUACAUUUCUGGAAAUUCUAGGUGAAAAGCUUGUCUACUUUGAGGAUGCUAAAAUACAAAAUUAUUUUGAUUUAUUUUAGAGUUUUUUUAUCACAAUAUAAUUCCCAUAGUUCCAUAAGCCUAGGCUAUGUGUUUUUCCAGAGUGAUGACUAUUAUUAUUCUAAAAUAUGGAAAAAUAAAGAAUGAGUGUGUCUAAACUUUUAUGUGUGUAUAUAUGCUAUAUAAGGUCUGCCGUGGAUCUGGUUUCAUUGAUCAGUUAGGAUGAAGACCAACAGAUCUGGCAACCCUGUCAGUAAUGUUGUGGACUGAGGGGAGGCAAGGCAUUACGGGACAGAGAGGUGUAGCCUAUUCAAAGAUAUCAGCCUGUUUAAUAAAUAUAUGACGAGUUAUUAGACAUUAUUUAGCACUGUACAGUCAUUCACUAAGUUGAUUCUUGCUAGUCUUUGGAUCUUAUUCAUAUUUCUGUGGUUUUGCUGCUUGGCUCCAGGUGCUGAGACAUUUCACUUCAAGCUACGAGUAACGGUUUCCAGUGAAAAAAAGAAAAAGGAGCCUGUGUACUGAAGAGAAAGGUCUUUUUACAGCAUUGAGGAGGUGCGCUCAAAAUAAAACCCUAACCCCUAACCCCAAGGAAAAUACUUGAAAAUUGAGGAAAGUUAAAAAAAAAAAAAAAAAAAAAAAAAAAAGAAGAAGGUAAAAGGAGACACCAUAAAAUGGCAGCAAUCAUUAACAGCAGCAACAGCAACAACUGUAACAGUACAUUUUCAAAGGACCUGUUACCUCCCAUCUACAGUGUGGAGAUGUGUGUGGCGCUGGUGGGGAACAUACUGGCGCUGUGGCUGCUUGUGAGUAAGGAGAGGAAGAACUGGCACACGGGAGUGGUGUUCUCCUGCAACCUGGUCAUCAGUGACAUCCUUUACGCCCUCACUCUGCCCCUUCUUAUCGACUAUUAUUCAAGAGAUCGACAGUGGAUAUUUGGUCAUACUGUCUGCAAAAUAGAGCGCUUUCUCUUCACCUGUAACCUCUACGUCAGCAUUUACUUCAUCAUGUGCAUUAGUGUUAAUAGAUACCUGGCCAUCGUUCAUCCCUUCUUCGCACGCAACCAUGUGCAACCGAAACAUGCCAAGAUCAUCAGUUUUCUGGUGUGGAUCUUGGUGGCGAGCAUUUCAUCUCCAAUCCUUUAUUAUUCAGGUACCAAGGGUGAAAGAUGUUCCUUAUUCUCAAACUCAAAUUCUGAACCUAAAAAGUUUAUGUACAGGGUGUUUAUGGCUGUAGUAGGCUGCUUGGUCCCAUUUUUGUUAACAUUUGCAUCCUACUUUGGUGUUAUUUGGGUCGUUUUCAAAAAUGAGAAUAUUACAUCAUUGGAGAAGAAAAAAGUGGCUUUGAUGGUGGGUUUAGUCUGCGUCCUGUACUCCAUGUCUUUUGUGCCUUAUCACAUUUUGCAAAUAUGGCACUUUAAGCUGAAGGGGGAAAAAAUGAAUAAGAAUUAUUAUGUUUGUAAUGGAUACCAAGUGUCAAAGGCAUUAGCCUGCGUGAACAUGUGCCUCCAUCCCAUCUUGUAUAUGGCUGUGUUUGACAGUAUCAGGACAAUGUGCUGUAGCAGAAGCUCAAAUUAAGCUGAUUAAGCUACUGUCUUUUUGAUUCUCCCAGGUUCACCUUAAAUUUGAAAUAGUAAUGCAUGUAAUAAUGGAUUUUUUCCUUCUUUUUUUCUUUUAGUCCAUAAACUUCAACAAGUUAUUUGAAUGUCUGGUCUCCUUGUAAAUAUACAGUAUAUACAGGUCA